AACAAAAAGAAAAAAGAAAAAAAUCUCCCAAAUUACUGCCAAAAAUCAGCAUAUCAAAUCCCAACUCCAAAAUCCCUAGCCCACAAAAACCCCAACUAUAUCACAACAAAUUAUCCUUCCAUAUUAUCAAUCGAACAAAAAUCUUCCCAUUUAAAUUGAUUCUUAUGGUGUGAUGUAUUCUUGCUACUACUGCUGUUAUUUUUGCUACUAUUAUUUAUAGCAGAAAAAAGGGAAAAUAAUGGAUCCAGAGCAGACAUUUAUCAGGGUUCAAGAACGCUUUUCUGAAAUGCUGACUCCCAAAAUUAGAGACUUUCUUGAGUACUUGUACCUCUUCAUCGCAGUCACUCUCUUCUGUAUUCUCGUUGUCAUGCACGCCAAUUAUGUUCAGCAGCCUGGUUGCUCAAGCGAACUUCCAAAAGUGAACGUGUCAGAAGCUCAGCUUAUUCAGAUCAAGAUCACUAGUGAUGGCUUAUGGACGUGGAAUGAGUCUGAAUACAAUGAAAUCAAUGGUCUUGAGGGCCGAUAUGCUGAUGGAAAAUCAGAAGUUGAAAGUGCGAAUGGAGACGAGCCUACUAUUUUAUCUGCAAAGUUAGGGUUGGACUGGCUUACUUCUGGUGCUAUUAGGGACAAAUCUCCAUUGAAGUUAUGGAGGACUUAUGGUGAAUUUUUGGAAUCUCAAGCAGAAGGCUCUACAGUGGGUGAAGGUUUGGAACAAUCUGCAGAUGAUGGUGUCCACAAAAUCAACAAAGAUGCAUCACAUAGUAGGUUUUACAUGUCACCAAAAGAAUCACUUAAAGCAGCAAUUGUUCACCUGGGCAGAAAAUGGCAUGGGCGGGUAUCUUUCCUCUGGAGAAUUGUAAAACGAAUUCUUGGAGGUUUAUGGGACAUAUCUGGAAUAAACUUGAAUCUUGAUAUCCCGAAGUGGCUAAAAAUCCUUCAUUUAGACAGGCUGAAUGCGUAUGCAGUGCAUUGGCUUGGAAAAAGAAGCAAUGUAUUCGAACCAACUUAUUUAUACACGAUGGAGAAGGGGUACUUUUUGCUGCCUGAAGAAGCCAGAAUAAGGCACAACAUACGCACCAUAAAUGUUAGCAUCUCAGCAUGGCAUCCCUGCUUUGGAAACAGGUGGCAGCAACUUUUGAUUAACAGACUGGUAGGAUAUGAUACUAUUCUAAUGAAUAGUCUAUUGAACUCUCCUGGUCAAGGAUAUAUUUACAAUUACCAAACAAAUGAGUUCUAUAAUCUUACUUAUGCUCACAAGCAACCAGAAAGUUCUGCUAGAUUUGGAGAUUAUCUUGUUACCAAAUGUGGUGUGCUGAUGAUGUCACUUUUUGUUUUCUUCACAACUACAAUGUCAGUUUCCUUUACAUUGAGAGAGACACAAACCCGCAUGCUGAAGUUCACAGUGCAACUCCAGCAUCAUGCUCGACAUAGGCUUCCAACAUUCCAAUUGAUAUUUGUCCACGUGAUUGAAUCCCUUGUUUUUGUACCAAUAAUGAUUGGCAUCCUAUUCUUCCUGUUUGAAUUUUACGAUGAUCAACUAUUGGCUUUUAUGGUUUUGAUUCUUGUUUGGCUCUGUGAACUUUUCACCUUGAUCAGUGUCCGCACACCAAUAUCAAUGAAAUUCUUUCCUCGCUUCUUUCUACUCUAUUUUCUGGUGUUUCACAUAUACUUCUUCUCAUAUACCUAUGGUUUUUCAUAUCUAGCGCUUUCAACAACAGCAGCUUUUAUGCAACACCUUAUCCUCUACUUCUGGAAUCGUUUUGAGGUUCCAGCCCUGCAAAGGUUUGUACAAAACCGGAGGUCACACUUUCAGCAGCAUCCAGACUUUCACAUUACGUCCUCCACAAUUCUUGCUUCAACACUUCAUAUCACAAGAUUAAACACAAGGAACUCAGGAGCAAUUAAUUCGGAGUUGGCUUCUGGGCCCGGGCUUCGAGCUGGUGUGGGCCCAGCAGUGCCUGUAAAUGGUCCAGCUGAAUUUUCUGAAUUUCAAGAACGCCCAGAUAAUGGAAACCCAGACAGGUUGGGCAAUCCUCUCCAGCUAGAUGGGCAGCAGGAUCUUCGCCAAUCAGAAGCCGGUGGUAACCCUGGGUCAAUGAAUUCCUUCAGUUCUUUGUUGUUAUGGAUUCUAGGAGGGGCUUCUUCUGAAGGCCUUAAUUCUUUCCUGUCUAUAUUUCGAGAUUUAAGAGAUCAGGGCCAAGUUUUCACUGGAUCUCCCCAGCAGGAAAACCAUGUAGCACAGAAUCCGGAAUAAAUAACAGAAAAUUUGCAAAUUGAGCAGCUUGACCAUUCGAGUUGUGCUUUGCAGGGGAGCUAUUUCAAGCAGGCUUCAGUGUACAGGUUUUAGAAGGCUGUGUACAUUCUGUAGAGUUGGUAUGAUAUUUCAUGUGGUGCUUAAGGGGUGAGAUCUAGCAAAAAAGACGAUAGGCGAGGGCUUCUUCAUUUGCCAACUGUAACAUGAUUAGCAGAGACUGAUGGCAGUAAUAGUGGGGUUGAUUGUGAAUUGUCCUGGUCAAAUCAUCACCCUCUGUUGACCAGUUUGAUUGAGAGAUAAAAGGGUGAUAACAGCCUACUGAGAACAUCUGUAGUGAUAGAGAGCUUCUUAUAUAUAUAUAUAGGUAGUGGCUCUCAUUUUGCUCCUAGCGCUAUUGAAUUAAAAGAUUCUGAAGUUACUAGCUUUUCAGAGUACUGUUGGGAAUGCAACAUGCCCUGCCUCUCCUUCCCCAAGCCCAUGUGCUGUCUAGACAUUUCCUUGUAUAAUACAAAAGCAAAGCUAAUGGAUGUGCCUCUUCUUGCUGCUUGGAUA